AUGGGUCUCGCUUCUAAACUCGCCGCUGCUCAAGCUCAAGGUGCUCCUAAUCCAUACGGUGCGCCAGGUGGAGCGCCCCCUCCUCCCGCUGCUCAACAACAACAAUCGUACGGAGCUCCUCAAGGUCAACCACCUCAGCAAUCGGGUGGCCAAUCUCAAGGAUACUCAGCACCUUCCGGGCCACCUUUAGGUCAAAGUUACGGUCAACAAGGUCAAGGUCAGCAGCAAGGCGGGCAAUAUGGCCAGCAACAAGGAUCUUACGGUCAACAACAAGGUCAGCAAAGUCAAUACGGCGCACCCUCGGGUCCUCCUCCAGGUCACCAGCAAAAUUACGGCCAGCAAGGCCAACAACAAGGACAAUAUGGUCAACAACAGCCUCCACAAGGACAACCUCCAGCUUACCAAGCUUCCGGUGCUCCUCCCGUAGCUGGAGCUGCUGGCGGACCCAAUUCUCAAGCUAUUUUGCAGUCUUUGAUACAGUGUGUACAAGAGCAAAAGAUCCAAGCAUUUUACCCUCCUGGAUCCCUCGAACCCAUCGCCCAGAGAGUUGCUCAGUCGGGUGUCUUACCAAAGCUCGCUCAAGACUGGAGAAUGCCUAUAGAACUUGCCUCUGACUUGGUAAAACUCUCCCUCUUUGACGUCAUACUCUAUGUCGAUGAUAGUGGAAGUAUGGCUUUCGAGCAAGGCGGUGAAAGAAUCGAUGAUCUCAAGCUGAUCCUUUCCCGAGUCGCCCAUGCGACCUCCCUCUUCGACGACGACGGAAUUCAAGUCAGAUUUAUGAACAACAGACUUGAAGGUAAUGGUAUUAAGACCGAGCAACAAGCUUUACAACUUGUUCAGCAGGUCAAAUUCUCCGGUCUAACUCCUUUGGGUACCUCCCUUUGGCAAAAGAUUCUCCAGCCUCUCGUACUGGGUCCUGCUUCUCAGAAUCGACUCCAAAAACCAGUCUUGGUGGUGAUUUUGACAGACGGAACACCUGCGGGUGAAAACCGAGAUGAGAUCUUUAAGGUCAUCUUACGAGCUGAUUCGGAUUUGAAGAGAACGAGAUACGGGCCUGAUGCUCUUUCUUACCAAUUCGCACAAAUCGGCGAUGAUAUGAAGGCUAUGAAGUUCCUCGAGGAGCUUGAUAAUCACCCAGUCAUCGGUGGACUGAUAGACUGUACCUCCAACUACGAAGCUGAGCAGGCUGAAAUGUCCAGAAAGAGUGGUAUCGACUUGACUCCGGAAAUGUGGCUCGUGAAACUUCUCAUGGGCGGCAUAGAUGACUCGUACGACGAAAAGUUAGCUGCUCAUAUUACCCUUUGUAUAGAACAAAGCUGA